CAUCAUCCCGUUCCGCCGAGUGAGCACAUCACAUCAGAUCAAAAUCGGCGCGUCCAAGCGUGGUUCCGGCGUGUAGCUAGUACACGGGGAGACGAGCCGGGAGCCCCUGGCCACAAGUCUCCCCGGCGAGUCCUCCACCACAAGCUCGCCCGGCAGCGGCAGCUCACUGAUUGCUCCAGUUGCGUGCUCGCGCGCGCAAGCUCGUCCUCCUCCAUCGCAGUCGGUGGCCUUAUCUUGUUCGUCCUUGCCUCCCUCGUUGUUGCGACUUGCGAGACGACAGGACAGGAUAGCGAGCUGGGCCUGGGAGUAUAGACCGCAGACAGAGAGGUGGAGCGGCCAUGAAGAUCCAGUGCGACGCGUGCGAGGGCGCGGCUGCCACCGUGGUGUGCUGCGCCGACGAGGCCGCGCUGUGCGCGCGCUGCGACGUCGAGAUCCACGCCGCCAACAAGCUCGCCAGCAAGCACCAGCGCCUCCCGCUCGAGGCUCUCUCCGCCAGCCUCCCGCGCUGCGACGUCUGCCAGGAGAAAGCGGCGUUCAUCUUCUGCGUGGAGGACCGGGCGCUCUUCUGCCGGGACUGCGACGAGCCCAUCCACGUCCCGGGCACGCUCUCCGGGAACCACCAGCGCUACCUCGCCACCGACAUCCGCGUCGGCUUCGCCUCCGCUUCGUCAGCGUGCAGUGACGCCUGCGACGCCCACGACGACUCCGACCACCACGCCCCGCCCAAGGCCGCCGUCUCCUCCGCGGCGCAGCAGGUGCCCUCGCCGCCGCAGUUCCUGCCACAGGGCUGGGCCGUCGACGAGCUCCUGCAGUUCUCCGACUGCGAGUCCAGCGACAAGCUGCACAAGGAGUCCCCGCUCGGGUUCAAGGAGCUGGAGUGGUUCACCGACAUCGACCUCUUCCACGAGCAGACGCCGAAAGCCGGCAGGAGAUUGGCUGAGGUACCGGAGCUUUCCGGAACCCAGGCCGCGAACGACGCGGCGUACUACAGGCCAGCCAAAGCCACUGCCACUGCCGGCGCCGGGGUGCGCCAGAGCAAGAAGGCCCGGACCGAGGUCACCGACGACGAGGACCACCUCAUCGUCCCUGAUCUCGGCUAAAAUAAAAGAAAGGGCAGGAGUUUUGUUUCUUCUCCUGCUGUGUGUACAACCAGUGUCGUGUCGUGCAUCUUUGACUGUAGUAUUGCACAGCUGUGAACAUGAUAACUCUAAGCACACUUUGUGUCUUUGUUGCUACGCUAGUCUAUACUAUACUUAAAGCACCAGUUUCAACGGU